GCGAGAAGUUUCGCCUACAGUUCGAAAAUUUAAAUUGCGAAUCGUGAACGUUUAACAGCCAGAGGUUCUUUGUCUGUGCUCUUUUCUUAAAGCAAAUAUUUUAAAGAAAAGUCGCAUUAACGUGAAUUGCCAGAUCGUAGCUGCAGUAAACAAGAAAAGCGACAAAAGCAGCAACAAUAUUGAGUAAACAACAACAACAACAACAACGACGAAAACAACACCAACUGCAAUAAAGGGUCGUUUGGCAUACCAAUCACGUUCUUUGUUCGUUUUGGCCAACUAACAAAGUCAACGCACUGCCCGAAGACGUCUGUAGAAUCAGCCUUACUAUAGAGAUAUGGGAAAUGCCGAGUCUUCCCCGCACAGUGCGGGCGAAGCAGCGCAGAGUGCAGCAGCACAAGAGGGUGGGGGUGUAGCUGGAAGCAACAGCAACAACAACAAUAGCAACAACAACAACAGCAACAACAACAGCAGCAGCAGCAAUAAUGACGAGCCAUGGUGGCAAGAGAUCGAACACGAGAACUUAAUUUUGGAACAGCUGCCGUCGGCUGUUUUGGCCUAUUCGACUCGCAAUGAAAAUGAAAGCGAAACUGUGCCGGCAACGUCGAUGUUGACGACGACGUUGAUGUUGCCAAAGAAAGAGGAGAGCAUGACCACAUUAACCUCAAAUGAAAAUCAAAGCGAAGGCACGUCAACAACAUCUACUGUUGAGAUGGAGAGCCAAGAGAACGGCAGCAACAGCCAUGUGGGUGCAGUCUGCCGCGAGCAGACACUGGAGGAGUUCAAGGAGGAGUUGAGGGGCAGGCGGCUGGCACGUCAGACCGCCGUGCAGGAUUUGCGUGAAGAGCUGCACAGUUUGCGCAAACAGCUGGCUACGUCCCAAGCAGAAGCGCAACGCUUGCGAAAAUGUCAAAAUCUGGCAGAACAGUCAGAAAAUCGAGAUGAAGAUGCUUCUAAUGCUGACGCUCGCCAUUAUGAUGAUGAUGCCGAUAACAAUGUGGAUGUGAUUGAGGCUGAGGCAGAGGCUGCGAUGGAUAGCGAUGAUGAGAAUCCCAUACAACGUAGUCGUCAUGCCAAUAUUGAGCUCGCCAAUGCGCAGUUGGCACUACAAUUGGCCAAUGCCGAUAAUCUGUCGUUGCGAAGUGAAUUGGACGUCGUGCAAAAGCAAGUGGGCACCUUGAAGGAGGUCAUCUCGUGCUGCAAACAGAUGCUCAGUGUUAAGGAGGAGCAAUGCACUCAGCUCAAGGACAAGCUGCAGGAAAUUGAAACGUCGUUCAGUGAGCGGGAAAUGAAAAUCAUGUCCAAUAAUCUGCGACAGGAAUACGAACGUCAAUUGGUCAAUAUUCGGCAAUUACGCCAACUCUAUGAGGAACGGCAGCGUGUGGCAGCCGCCGAAUAUGAAAACCUACAGCGGCUCAUAUCGAUUAAAAAGGACGAACUGAUUGCCGAGCAGGAAAAAACGAAAAACUUAGAGGAACGCAAUCAAACACUGCUCAAGGAAGUCGAAGGGGCCAACAAUGAGUUGGCCAGGCUAAAGGAGGAAUGCAGUGAACACAAAUUCGAGAAGCGGGCUCUCAAGGAGGAAAUGGGGGCUGUGAACAUGCUCUUCAGUCAGAUGGUAAUGGGCUUCAAUGGCAAAAACAAUCUGGACAUUGAUCGCUUGACAAAAAUGCUUGAGGAAAAUCGAGAUUUGCUGAAUGAAAUGACGCAGGCGGAGGGCAGUUGCAGUGAUGGUGCCACAUUGCCGAAAUUACUAUUCGAACUGGUCGAACAGGCAGCCAUGUCGGAGGCAAAGGACAAGAGUCGCAGUGUGACGCCGACGCCAACGCCAAUGCCAACUUCAAUGCCAAAUAUAUCUCCGGAGGAGUCAAAUGCAUCGGCGACAGGUGAUACUGUGGCAGCUGAUGCUGGAAAGGUUGGCAUGCCCUCUGGCUGUGGCUCGAGCUCGGGCUCGGGCUCUGUUUCUGAUUCGGCUUCUAGUGCUGCAGUUAUCGCCAGCGAGGACAUUACCGACUUUGCUGGCUGUGCCAGGACAAGCAGCAGCAGCAACAUUGGCGGCAUUAAAAAACAUAGAAGGCGUAGCGGAGCUGCUGCGGUUUCGUUAAAAAGCCAUGAGCCCGAAAUUAUGGGUAAAGUUGCAACAGCACAAGAAAUCAUUGGCAACUUGCCAAAAGUUUGGAAAGUGUUGAUGGAGCUCUUGAGCCACCACAAAAUCGAGCGGGUGCAGUUUGAAGAGCUGCCAGCUACGGCGGAUGUUCAAAAGGCGACCAACAGCAAAACGCCAGAGCUGAGCGUAUCGAAGACCUACAUCAAGCUGAAGGAUCUCAUAUUGGAGAAAAAGUCGCUGGUGAAGGAAACUAAUCGACUGAAAACGCUCAACUGCCAUCUCGACUAUAGGCUGAACGAGCAGGAGAAGCGCUUGAGUGCUGUUAGCUUGGAGCUGACAAAAACGUGGCAUCUGGUGGGAAAAAUGCAGCGUCAACACCGCCAGCUGCACACACAGGAGCAAAUCCUGCGCUACCAGCUGCAGCAGAAGCGUCGCCUGCUCAGUGAGCUGAAGGACGAACUCGAGUACUGUCGUCGCAAGUGGGCAGCCGCACGGGCACUGAACGAUGAGAGUCAGGAGCAGUGCGAUGAUUUACGUCGUGAGUUUGCCAGACGCAAGCUAGAGGAUGCCAAUCACUCGGCCGAGAGCGGCUACAGUGAUUCGGGGCCGCAGUCCGACGAGGAGCUGCCCGCCGAGAAGGUCGGGGAUGCCGCGACUGGUGGCACCAGCGAGGCUAUUGAUGGCGAGGCAGUUGCGGUCGCUAGCCAAGCGGGAAAUCUAGAGGACGCUGUUAGUAAUUGCCGUCGCAAGCACUUGAGGGACCAAUUUGAACAUACGCGUCGCAUAAAACGCAUGCAAAGCACAUCGCCAGGACGUGCGGCUGCUGUGGCCAAUGCCGAGGGCGAGGGCGAGGGCGAGGAGAUUGUGCUGCGCUGGAACAGCGCGCCCCCAACUUGUGGCUGGCGCGAAGGUGACGAUGAAGACGAGGGCGAUGCAGACACUGAGGUUAGCGAGGAGUUGGCCAGCAGUUUGGUCAAGUCGACGCACAGCUCGCGUAGCAAGCAGCGUGGCAAGCCACAGCCAAGCGAGGCAGCUUCCAGCUCUUCAGCUGACUCACCAGUUGAGGUGAGCGGUCGCACCAGCAGAAUACAGAAGCUGGAGGAGCAGUGCAAGUCGCUUAUACAACAGGUGCUGGAAACUUCCGGCAAUCGCGAACGGCUUGAGAUACAACUGUGUCGCUUUCAGGACGAGAUUGCGCCCGUCCAGCAUGCAGUGCCACUCGACGAGUUCAUCAACCGCAAGCGUAUUGAGCGCAUGACGCGAGCCAGUUCGGCGCCAGCCACUGGCACAUUGACGCCUAGAGAGGAGGAAUAUACGCGCAAGCGUUCCGAACGCCUGGGACGCUUGGAGGAGGAAUCCCGGCAGCUGAUGUCGCGCAUUAAACGCACCACAGAUCGUGGACAUUAUCUCAAGAAAUCGCUGGACCGCAUCAGACGCGCACCCAGUCGUGAGGGCAGUCUGGAAAGCAAUGCCGAGGAUGAGCCCAAGAAGAUCGAGGAAACCAAGAAGGGGGCUGACCAAACAAACAGCCCCCUCACAGCUGAAGAAGAAGCCUACACGGCACGUCGAGCGGCACGCAUCCAACGUCUGGAGCAGGAGAGCCAACAAUUGCUCUCGCAACUCUCUCGCAAUGCGCAACGCAGCGACACAAUAGCCAACAAACUGGACACGUUGCACGAACGCCACGACCAAGACAGAGCUGCGUUGCCCACAACUUCUAGGGCGGCGCCAGGCAUCUCACAAAACAGCGUGGAACAGCGUUUGGAGGACAUUGAACGUGUCUCGGCCAAUCGGGCGGAGCGCUUGCGCUUGCUCGAGGUCCAGGGCAACGAACUAAUAGCGCGUCUCAGCAACACCUCCGAGCGGGGCACGGCCAUGAUCAAUCGCAUUGCCGAGCGUGAGGCAAAUCGUCGGCAGGAAGCGGAGGUUCUGGAGCAGGCUGUGGAAGAGGAUGAGGCCACCACAGGAGAUUUGAACAGCAUAGCCAGCAGCAGAAUUGUGGGCGACGAUGGUGUGGACGACGAGGGAGCUGCUGCCUGUUGUGUAACCGUCACCACAACAUCCUCGCAAUUGGCCGCUCAACAAUCGACUGGCGCCAUACCCAAGCACAGGCCAACUCUGCAACUCUGCGCAGCAACACGACAAGAUGAUGCCACUCGAAAGCGCACCCUCUCGAAGGAAGAGCGGGAGACGGAAAAGAAGGAGCCUGUCGUGUCCGAAUCUCUCGAGGACAUGGUGCAUCGAUUGCGGGCCUUGCCGUUUCCCACAGCUCCCGCAGCGGAGGAGGAGGAGGAGGAGCCCCAGCAGCAACAGACAAGCGAAAGCGAAAUUGUGGCACCUGCCACUUCCACUUCCGAAGAUGCGAAGGACGAUACCGAAAAACUUUCAUGAAAUCCUCUAUACCCUACUUGUACACUCUCACACCACUCUAUACGAAAGUGUUCAUUAGAUUCUAAACGCUGAUACACUGCUACUCUAUACUAUUUUCCACUUACAGUUUUCUUCAUUUUUCAUAAGAAUAUUUUAAAUAAAGCAUAUACAUAUAUACUUAUA